CACUUCCAAUCUUCCCAUCGAGGACCAGGUCCAUUCGUUUACAAACAAAGAACACAUUCUUUCAUUCACUCUUUAAUACAUUUGCUCAACAGCAAAAAAGUUACCUAAUCAUGCGUUUCUCUACCGGUUUGCUCCUGGCUGCGGCCUCGAGCGUCAUGGGUCAGCGAUUCACCAACUCCAGUAUCCCUGCUACUGAGACCGCUACCACUACCUCUGAGGCUGCUCCCACCGGCUCUGCUGGUGCUGCUCAGCCUGUCGACCUCGGCGGUGCUAGCCUGGGACCUGGCGCUUCGUUUGUCACUCGCCCCGAUGGAAGUAUCGCUAUUUCCCUGUUCGCUGGUCCCAAUGGCAUUGCUUCCUUCUCCAUUGGUAUUCCCGACGACACCUUCAACGACUUCCCCGUUGGAAACUUGUUCAUCAUCCUCUGGGAGAUCCUCGUCGAGCUCCUCGAGACCCGGAAGCGUGCUGCGACCGACUGCAGCCUUGAUGUCACUGUUGACGGUGUGAGCGUCUUCUCUGAGGGUCUCUCCACCGGCUCUGGCUCCAAGUCUUCUGAUAGCACUCCUUCCACUGGUAACUCCCCCAAUGUCGAGUUUGUUCAGUCUUGUGGUGCUACCUCUUCCCGCCUCGAAGUCUCUGAUCUUGCUGUCGGCCCCCCUGGUUCCAGCAACCCUGGUGGCGGCAACGGUGGCGGCAACGGCAGCGGUACUACUGGCACCGACACCACUGGCACUGCUGAACCUACCAACACCAACUCUGAGGGCGCUACUACCAACUCCGAGGGCGAGACCAUCGAACCUACUGGUACCGAGACUGAGACUGCUGCUACCAACUCUGAGGGUGCCACCACCAACAGCGAGGGCGAGACAGUCUUCCCUACUGGCACCCAGACUGGCACCGAGACUGAGACUGCUGCUACCAACUCCGAGGGUGCUACCACCAACUCUGAGGGCGAGACUAUCCAGCCUACCGGUACUGAGACCACUGCUCCUACUUCUUCUGCAACAUCUGCUCCUGGCUUCCCCGGCUCCAUCCUCGACUUUGCUUUCUUCGGCUGUGUCGGCUCAACUGAUGGCUUCCCUACCUUCGAGCUUCUUCAAUCUUCUGGCUCCAUGGACCUCAACCUCUGCGCCAGCCUCGCCGAGGGCCGCGCUUACUUCGGUGUCCACGAUGAGGAGUGCUAUGCCGGUGACGAGAUCGAUGGUGACAACACCAGCCGUGUGGACUCUGACCAGUGUGACAUCGAGUGCCCCGGAGACGACUCUGAGUUCUGUGGUGGUGAUGCUCCUCUUGCUCGCCGCAGCCGCAUCCAGGCCCGCCAGGCUAUCCCCAACACCAUCCGCCUCACUGUCUACGUCGCUGUCAACGGCCCUGAUGUCACCAUCACCGAUGUCCUCACUGCUACUGUCACUGACCAGUCUACCCUGACCACCACCUUCACCACCACCAUCUCCGAUGCCACUGCCACUGAGACCCAGACCGUCACUGCCAUCUACGUCUGCUCCAACGGCAAGUGCUACCCCGAGAACGACAACGGCUCCAAGGUUGUCUACAUCUUCGUUUCUUACCCUGGUGAUGAGUGCGACGGUGAGCUUGUCUACAUCUCUGAGGCUUGCGAUUGCCAGGGUGGCUCUCAGUACGUCCCCAAGUACUGCUCCAACGGCAGCUGCCACGGUCUCACCGUCUACAAGCCUGAGGAGUGCCACGACUGGUACAACCAGAAGAACUUCUUCGUUCCCGCUGACUGCGAUGUCUGCGAGCACGGUGAUGUCGUCUACAAGCCUUGGGAGAACUCCUGGGGUACCCCCGCUGAGUGCAAGGAGGCCGAGGUCCCCAGCUGCACCAAGGAUACCUGCCCUACGAACGGUGGUGGCUCCAAGGGUGGCAACGGCGGUAACGGUGGCAAUGGCGGAAACGGAGGUAACGGUGGAAACGGAGGCAAUGGAGGCAACGGUGGAAACGGAGGCAACGGCGGCUCCGGCUCCAACGGUGGCUCCGGCUCUGAGGGCUCUGGCUCCAAGGGCAGCUCCGGCUCUGAGGGUUCUGGCUCCAAGGGCGAGAGUGGCUCCGAGGGUUCCGGCUCCAAGGGCGAGAGCGGCUCCGAGGGCUCUGGAUCCAAGGGCGAGAGCGGCUCCAGCUGCGAGGGUGACCACUGUGUCCCCGUCAUUGUCAGCAGCGCUGGCAAGCAGGCCGUCAGCGCCCUUGCUCUCCUCGCUGCUGUUGCCGCUCUUCUCUAAGCGACUCACACAGCUUGAGUUGAGUUUCUGAUCUUGAACGUUUGCCUUCCUUUCUGGUUUUCUCUUUGGGAAGAUCCGCAAUACAAAUGGUGGCAUUGUCUUGUGCCACUGACUUUGUAGUUAGACUUAAUGCAGUUUCAAUUCUACUGGGGUUUUUGGGAAUAACCUAUCUGUAGUCAACUAAUAAUGACGCUCUUUUUGCUUUCAA